AGACGUGGAUCAAAUUUUUCGGGUUCCUUCCCUUGCAAAGGGGACUGGGACACCAUGCGAGGCAUUAUAUGCAUGGCGCUCUUCGCUGGUGCGGCGGCCUUUGUGCCCUGUCUCAGCACUAUGUCCACUCCAGGUUUAGACCCUGUGGCGACCGCACGCAGAGACAUUAAGUCGAAAGGAGUGCCCUUUGUGGUGCCCAUGGCCGUUGCGACCAUCGCGGCACUCUCGCUCCGACAGCGACGAUCGACGGCCAAAACUUCGCGCAAAGCUGAAGAAGUUGUUAUGGGUCAAAUCGACCCCGAAACGGGAAAACCGAACUAUGUGAAUCCGUUUGAAGAACGAAUUGAUUUUGAGAAGGAUCUUCCACCGGGUACCCAGAAAGAUCCAAGUGGAAAGAAGUUCCACCCUUACACUGGCCCUGUCUACAAGAAAGUGCCCGUGGUGGAAGGACUUCAGUUUCCCUUGGAUCCAAAUCUCUACUACCCUCCGCUUGAACCACCCGAGCCUGGUGUAAAAUGGGGUGAUGGCCGUGCACAGGAUGGAAAUUGGUACAUGGACAUCGAAGACGAGAAAGUCCAGUACUGGCAGGGAGUUGGAAAGAGAAAGACUGCUUGUGCCAUCGUGCGCAUUGUGAAGGGAAACGGUCAGUUCAUUGUCAACGGCAAGGAUGCAAUUCAGUACUUCAACAACUACCCCAUUUGGUGGCUCAAGGCGUGUGAGCCGUUGGCAGCUCUUUCUCAGAAGAACAAGUUUGACAUCAUUGCGAAGAGCUUCGGCGGAGGUGUGAGUGGUCAAGCGGGUGCGAUCCGUUUGGCGCUGGCACGAGCCAUGCAAGAGUACAAUUUCAAUUGGAGGCCGCUGAUGAAGAAAGCGAGAUUCCUCACCCGCGAUUGGCGAAUGGUUGAACCAAAGAAGACAGGUCAGCCCAAGGCACGCAAGAAGACUCCAUACCACAAGCGCUGAGUGCCAGGUUGUGGUUUGCCUUGGUGCUUCCUUUACUGCAUUUGCAUAUGGCAGUGAUUCGUAGUUGUGCUUCUGAAAAAAGGCUCUCAGUUUCACUUGGUACAUUUUGGUGGAGCUUCGCUGCCAGAUGCAAAAGAAGAU